GAAGUCCGAUAUCCCACUUGGGCGAAUGAGAGUGGAGAAAAAGGUCAAAACCACUACACACUCUGGAACUACAUUUCCUUCGUGACCGGAAUUCUUCUUCCAAUUGUAUGCUACAAAGCCAAAGACAUCCAAGUCGUAUAGUUUCACAGCUUCAACAACCACUCAAAAUGGAUCCCGCAAACCUCAAGGCACAAUUCCAACCAGAAGAACCACGUCUUCUCAGCUUCCCUCAUCUUCCAGAUGAUGCCAAGUAUGAAGAUGGAACACCUAUCCUGAACAAGUAUUCUUCGACGUUAACUCGAGGUCAUGACUUCCCUGGAGCUCAGGCCAUGCUUUAUGCGGCCGGCGUGCCGAAUGAGAAGAUGAUGAAGACAGCUCCACAAGUUGGUAUUGCCUCUGUCUGGUGGGAAGGCAAUCCUUGCAACAACCACUUGCACGAUCUCGGAAAGACUGUCAAGCAAGCUGUUGAAAAGCAGGGUAUGCUUGGAUGGCAAUACGGCACAAUUGGUGUAUCAGAUGGUAUCACAAUGGGAGGCGAAGGCAUGCGCUUCUCUUUGCAAACUCGUGAGAUCAUUGCAGACAGCAUCGAGACCAUCACAUGUGCUCAAUUCCACGAUGCCAACAUUUCCAUUCCUGGAUGUGACAAGAACAUGCCAGGUGUUGUGAUGGCAAUGGCAAGACACAACAGACCUUCCGUGAUGAUCUAUGGUGGUACUAUCAACCCAGGAUACUCAAAGACCUUGCGAAAGACCAUCAACAUCACAACAUGCUACGAAGCACAUGGCGCUUACAACUUUGACACACUCAAGAACCCAGACGACCCAUCGAUCACCAAAGAUGAAAUUUUGACAGAUAUCGAGAGGAACGCAUGUCCUGGAUCUGGAGCUUGCGGUGGUAUGUUCACGGCAAACACUAUGGCCAUGGCAAUCGAGACUCUUGGUCUAUCACUUCCUGGAUCUUCUUCAACUCCCGCAACUUCGCCAGCCAAGAUGCGCGAAUGUCAAAAAGCAGCGGAAGCGAUCAAGAUUUGUAUGGAGAAGAACAUCAAGCCGCUUGACUUGCUCACAAAGAAGUCAUUCGAGAACGCUCUGGUUAUGAUGAUGGCUCUUGGAGGCAGCACAAACGGUGUACUUCAUUUGCUCGCCAUGGCUGGUACCGCAGGAGUCGAUCUCAGUCUUGAUGACUUCCAGAGAGUAUCGAAUCGUAUUCCUUUCAUCGCAAACAUGGCUCCUUCAGGCAAGUAUCUGAUGGCUGAUCUGUACGAUAUUGGCGGCAUCCCAUCUGUUAUGAAGCUGCUUAUUGCUGGAGGUCUGCUUGAUGGCAGUGUACCUACAAUCACUGGCAAGACAUUGGCAGAGAAUGUUGCUCCCUUCGAUUCUCUACCUCAAGGACAAGAAAUCAUCCGCAGCUUGGACAACCCCAUCAAGCCUACCGGUCACAUCGAGAUUCUCCGCGGUAACCUCGCUCCUGAAGGUGCUGUGGCUAAGAUCACGGGCAAGGAAGGCAUGAGCUUCACCGGUAAAGCUCGCGUCUUCAACAAGGAGCACGAGCUCGACGACGCUCUGAACAAGGGUCAAAUCCCUCGUCACGAGAACCUUGUCAUUGUCGUCCGCUACGAAGGCCCCAAGGGUGGCCCCGGUAUGCCCGAACAGCUCAAAGCCAGCGCAGCCAUCAUGGGUGCCAAACUCACCAACGUCGCUCUGAUCACAGACGGCAGAUACAGUGGUGCCUCUCACGGCUUCAUCGUCGGUCACAUCUGCCCUGAAGCCGCCGUCGGAGGUCCCAUCGCUGUUGUCCAGGAUGGCGAUAUGAUCACCAUUGAUGCCACUAACAACACACUCAGCAUGGAUGUUUCGGAAGAAGAAAUCAAGCAGAGAUUGGAGGAGUGGAAGAAACCAAGAUCAAACGUCACUCGGGGUGUGCUGGCCAAGUAUCAGCGCUUGGUCGGCGACGCAAGUCAUGGUGCCAUGACAGAUUUAUUCUAGUCGUUACGAGUAUGUAUAUGAAAUGAAAAGCACUUUCACCAAACCCA